CUCUCUCUUUCCUCUCACCAUCUCCCUCAUUCUCCAAAACCACUAGCAAUGGGAAAGGACAAGUCUCACGUUAACGUCGUCGUCAUCGGUCACGUCGAUUCCGGAAAAUCGACCACCACUGGUCACUUGAUCUACAAGUGCGGUGGUAUCGACAAGCGUACCAUCGAGAAGUUUGAGAAGGAAGCUGCUGAGCUCGGCAAGGGUUCCUUCAAGUAUGCCUGGGUGCUCGACAAGCUCAAGGCUGAGCGUGAACGUGGUAUCACCAUCGAUAUCGCUCUCUGGAAGUUCGAGACUCCCAAAUACGUUGUCACUGUCAUUGAUGCCCCCGGUCACCGUGACUUCAUCAAAAACAUGAUCACUGGUACCUCCCAGGCUGAUUGUGCCAUCCUCAUCAUCGCCGGAGGUACCGGUGAGUUCGAGGCUGGUAUCUCCAAGGAUGGCCAGACUCGCGAGCACGCUCUGCUCGCCUUCACUCUCGGUGUCCGUCAGCUCAUCGUUGCCGUCAACAAGAUGGACACUACCAAGUGGAGCGAGGACCGUUUCAACGAAAUCAUCAAGGAGACUUCGACUUUCCUCAAGAAGGUCGGAUUCAACCCCAAGACGGUUGCUUUCGUGCCCAUCUCCGGAUGGCACGGUGACAACAUGUUGGAGGAGUCCACCAACAUGCCCUGGUUCAAGGGCUGGACCAAGGAGACCAAGGCUGGUGUCUCCAAGGGAAAGACUCUCCUCGAGGCCAUCGAUGCCAUCGAGCCCCCCGUCCGUCCCUCCGACAAGCCCCUCCGUCUUCCCCUCCAGGAUGUGUACAAGAUCGGUGGUAUUGGCACGGUCCCCGUCGGACGUGUCGAGACUGGUAUCAUCAAGGCCGGCAUGGUCGUCACCUUCGCCCCGACCAACGUCACCACUGAAGUCAAGUCCGUCGAAAUGCACCACGAACAGCUCGAGCAGGGUAACCCUGGUGACAACGUUGGCUUCAACGUCAAGAACGUCUCGGUCAAGGAUAUCCGUCGUGGAAACGUUGCCUCCGACUCCAAGAACGACCCCGCGAAGGAGGCUGCGUCCUUCAACGCCCAGGUCAUUGUCCUGAACCACCCCGGUCAGAUUGGUGCUGGUUACGCACCCGUCCUGGAUUGCCACACUGCCCACAUUGCCUGCAAGUUCGCCGAGCUCCUCGAGAAGAUCGAUCGUCGGACAAACAAGUCGAUGGAGAUGAACCCGAAGUCGAUCAAGAUGGGUGACUCUUGCAUCGUCAAGCUGGUUCCUUCCAAGCCCAUGUGUGUCGAGUCCUACAACGAGUACCCUCCCCUUGGUCGUUUCGCCGUUCGUGACAUGCGUCAGACCGUCGCCGUCGGUAUCAUCAAGUCCGUUGAGAAGACCGACAAGUCGACGGGCAAGGUGACCAAGAGCGCCGAGAAAGCUGCCAAGAAGAAGUAAGGGGUUGUAGAUGUAGACUGAACUGUUGUAUCAUCUCUCUCUCAUGUUUCUUUUCCCCUGCUACUUGCCUGCUCAGUUGUAGCCGCGAUGUGUUGUCCUCUACCUGCAUUUAACGUACACACUGUAUCAUGAUAACGAUAGCAGCAUGUCAUGUCCAAUGAUAUUGUUGUUGCCUCCAU